CCGUAUAUCCAGCUCAUACUUUUUACGUCAUCAGCACUGGCCACACUUUAGGAGAACGAAUUUUCUCCGAUAUGUUCAAGAUAAGGCAGUUGAUCGCUGCACCUGGUAUCUUAAACUUGCUUGCUGUACAGGUAUAUGCUGAUUCUCUUGAGAACGAAUCUUCCAAAAAGAACCUACUAAAGGUUGAUGAGCUUUCACUCUAUACCAGUCCAACGCCAAAAUCAAAGUAUGUGGAAGAUCCACAGUCACAACUGGAAGAAGGAAUCUGUCAUCUGCGGCACUCUUUGGAGCCAUAUGCUGCCUGGGUUCAGGACUAUACUGGUAAAGUUACGCCCAGGGUAGAAAAAGCAUGUGAAUACGUUAAAGAAAGCUAUGAAAUGAUCAAAACUCCACCUCCAGGAUUUUAUCCCAGGCUUGGUGUUAUAGGUUUUGCUGGUGUUGUUGGAUUGUUCUUGGCAAGAGGUUCCAAAAUUAAAAGGUUGGUGUAUCCAAUAAGCUUCAUGGGGAUUGGUACCGCUCUCUACUAUCCACAGCAAACAGUUGCUGUUGCCAAGGUAACUGGCUUUCGCAUAUAUGACUGGAGUCUACAAGCAUAUAUAAGCCUAGAAUCCCUUUGGAAAGAUAGUUCAAAAAAGAAAAAGUCUGCAAAAGCAAGCAGCAAGUCUGACGCAGAAAGUGAUAAAGCAUUGAAAGUGCAAGAAGAAAGACCAAUAAAAUAAAAUACUCCAUUGCUUCUUGUUGAACAGCAUGAAGAUUCUAUCCAGUUUCUAACUUGGAAUAUUGCUGGCUGGAAGUCUAGAGCAACGGAUUGGGACCUGGUGGAGUUCCUCUCAAAUUUUGAUCUCAUGGCACUCCAGGAGACCUGGUUGACCUUAGAUGAAGAGGAGAUACAACUACCAGGUUUUAGUUUCCUGGAUUAUUCCUGCAAAAAAGUAUAAGACUAAAGGGCGGGCAUAAGGAGGACUGAUUAUUCUUGCCAAAGCAGAGCUGGGUUGGCAAGGACAGAAAUUGAUUCUUGGAGAUGAUUCCCCCAUUAUUUAGCAGUUAAAUUUUCUUAUAAAUCCUUUCAGUUGGUACUAUUGAAUAUUUAUCUUCCACCACGUACUUCUUAUUUUUCUCCUAAUAUUUGGGUAAAUCUAGAAGAGACAGUGUUAAAGAUAAAUAUAAAUCAUCCUAAAGCCACUGUAAUUCUGGCAGGAGACUUCAGUGCCAGGGUGGGGGCCUCUCUACAAAAUUUUGUUCACUUGGGUGUUAUACCUGAGGAUUAUUUAAUAAAUGAUCCACUCUGGCUUUCUAAUGACCUUAAAAGAAAUAUCACAGGUUCACAACUGGUCUCCUUGAUCUAUAAAUGUAACCUUCAUAUUUUAGGGGUAAGGAACCUGAUUUUAUAUAUCCUUUUACAUAUUCAGGAAACUCCAGUAGUGUUUUAGAUUACAUAUGUGUUUCUCAUGACAAGUUGAGCUGUUUUCAGAUAUCCAAGUCCUUGUGAGGGAGGAUAGUGAUCAUCAACGAAUCACAGUCUCUUUUCAAGGCAGAUCAGACAUAAGGUUAUAUACGCCCGAUGAUAAGAGGAUAUUAGCUAAUCUUGAAGUGAGGCAGGACAGGAAACUUAAUUGGGCUAAGGUUGAUACCAGAGCAUUAUCAAUCUUUUUGAAUUCUGAACAGGCCCAGACUUGGAGAAACCCAAUUUCUUCCUUUACUUUAGGUUCAGAUAAAAUCUUGACCCAAUAAGCUGACCUGUGUCACGCGCUGAGAAAAUUUUUAACUGAUAAACUUCCUAUUAGAAACUGUCAGCAAAUUAGUUCAAAUUGGUUUGAUUCUGACUGCUUACACAGUAGAAAAAUUUUGAGGGCAGCAAUGUGUCAGGUUCUGGGACAUCCUACUACAAAAAAUCAUGCAAAAAUGCUAAAAAUUAGGCGUGACUAUAAGAAAUUGAUAGCCUUUAAGAAAGCUUCUUAUAGAGCUAAAUUAUGGUCAGAUCUGGAAUUCUGGGCAAAAGGGACAAAUUCAGUUUUCUUCUGGAAUACUGUAUCAGGUUUGUUGAAGGAACGUAAAUUCCAAUUCGAUAUUCCCAUUCCAGCUUCAACCUGGGAGGUUUAUUAUGCUAAUUUAUUUUCUAACCAGGGCUUUUUGCAUAAACAAAGUACUGAUUUUUUACCCUUUGAAAAUCUUCCCCCUGGUGUCCUCUAUCUGUAUCAGAAAUCAAAAUUAUUAUUUGAUUCUUAAAAUCUAAUAAGGUGCCUGGAGAAGAUUUCUUACCUCCGGAACUUUUUAAGACUCAUAUUGAUUGGUGAGCCCCACUAUUAGCAGGGCUGUUUACCUAUAUAAAUAAUACAGGUUGCAUUCCAGUUGGAUGGGAAGUUGCCAUUAUAGUUCCCUUACAUAAAAAAGGAGAUAAAGGUGAUCCAAAAAAAAUUAUAGACCAAUAAGCCUUAUUGGAAUUGUGGCCAAAAUGUAUGCAAAGCAUCUGUUGAGCAAAAAAGAUUGGGUUAUGGAAAUCUUAGUGAAGGAACAAGUUGGAUUUAGACCAGAGCACUCCACAAUAGACAAUUAUUUUACUUUAUACCAUCUUUUAUCAAAGCAAUUAACAAAUGGCAAGAAACUGUUUACUGCAUUUAUAGAUCUUAGCACAGCUUUUGCUCGAUAAAUAGAAAUAUUCUGUGGAAGAAAUUGGCCAGUUUAAAUAUGGAACCCAGACUCUUACUCUUGGUUAAGGCCCUCUAUUCAAACAUCCAUCUGAAAGUUUGUACAGGUGUAAAUGGCUCUUUAACUAAGAGUAUACCCACAUUUAAUGGUGUCAGACAGGGUUGUAUUCUAGCCCCAAUGCUUUUUAAUCUGUACGUCAAUGAUUUACCUGGAUUCCUGUAUGAUGUAGGCACUCAUAUGCCAAAGAUCCUUGAUAAAUUUAUUAAUAUUUUAUUAUACGCUGAUGAUAUGGUUCUAAUGACACAUUCCCAAAUAGGCUUGAGAAGACUGCCGUAAAAACUGAAUACCUAUUGUGCUCAUAAUUUUUUAAACAUUAAUAAAAGCAGAUCUAAAGUGAUGGUAUUGAGCAGGAAAUGAGAGAAAUAUAACUGGCAGAUAAAUGGGGAGUCUACUGAACAAGUGAAUCUUUUUAACUAUCUAGGAGCGGUUUUUACUAGUACAGGGUUGUGGGUAAAUCACUUCAAAAGAAGCUCAGCAAGGACUGCAGCAAGCACUAAAAAUUAUAUAAAUUAUUUAACUACAAUUACCCAGGCACCCUGACCCCUAUAUUGAAAAUGUUUAGGGCAAAACAUUUUGCCCUAAAUGUUGACCUAUGGUGCAGAAUUGUGGGGUUUAAAUAAAGCUACCCCACUUGAACAAAUUCAGACCCUCUUUUUAAGAUGUAUAUUGGGAACUGAUAAGAAUACAUCUGCCCCUGCAGUCAGAGCAGAAUUAGGUAUCCAUUCCUUACAUAGUCAUCUAAUAAUUAAAGCUUUCACAUACUGGCUGAGGAUCCAAUCAAUGGACUCUGAUAGACUUCCCAAAAUAUGGUUAACUGAACAGAUAAAUAUGGCACAGCCCAAUUCCUGGUUCAGCCAACUCUCUGAAGUUAUUUCACAAUAUGGGUUUUCCAUUUAGCAUCUGUCUUUGAUGGCCUCUCAGGCAAGGGAAAUUUUUAAACAGAGAGUCCUACAUAUUAGUGUGCAAACUGAUAUGGAAUUAUUGACUAAAAAUGGAUCUUUAAGAUGGUUGGCUAAAAAUAAAAUUACUUUUGAACCUGAAAAAUAUCUAUCAUCGAGUCUACCACAAUUUUUAAGAAGGGCCUAUUCCAGAGCUAGAUUUGAGUUGAUGGAUUCCAUGGUCAAAUAUGGGCACUUCCACUACUUGCCAUAUCUUAAGAGAACCUGCAUAUGCGGUUCACCAGCCAUUGAAAAUAUUUUCCCUAUUUUGUUCAGUUGCCAAUUAUAUGCACCUAUUAGGCUUAAAUAUCUAUCAUCCGUAUUGGAAAGAACAGCAUACUGGGGUCCAAACCAUAGAUUGCCUUAUUUCCUCCUGGGUUCUAAUGUGCAUAUUGCACGAAGAACUGCUAAGUUUAUAACUAAGGCAGCAGUCUUAAGAACCCAAUACAUUGAACAAAUUGGGGUAUCCUGUAAAGGAGAUUCGUUUAUCUGAUUACUGACUCCUUGUAUUAUCACAUAUGUAUUUUAUCACUGUAUUUUCUCCUGUUUUCCUUUUUGGAUUUGGACUAUGUAUUGUAUAUUACAUGAUUUUAAUUUUGUUUUGUUUUAUUGAUAAGGUUGUAGGACUAAUCAAGUAAUAAUAAACUAAACUAAACUAAACAUUUUCAUUUGUAUUCCUUGUACAUGAUAUGGCCUUAUUUCUUUAAUUCAUUUCUAUUCUGUGUCUUAUGUAUGCACAAUAUACUCUGUCAGCCACCUCUCAGCUGAUUCAUUUCCUCUUACUAGAUUUACCCACCCUAGUUGCUCUGCUGCCCUUAUCCAGUCUUCCUCGUAACUAAGAAGCAGUGAUAGGGGUUUUUUUUCCCACAUUGAAACGGUAUCUUUACUUCCCAUGGGCCCAGAAGCAUUCUGAGUUAUUAAAAUAGCAGGGGCCUAGAGGAACCAAUGGAAUACCUUCAAUCUGUCAGUCUGAAAUUAGGGCUUUGUUUCAGUUAGUUGGAAAGGAAUUUUAGUUGGAAAGUGGUACAGAAAAGCAAAGAGAUUUCUUCACACUGCUCCUAGAUAAUUCUCACAUUUUUCUACUAUGUCAGAAUUCAACCAAAUUUUGCCAGUCUCACUUCUGUGAACAUACUUUACAAAUUUUGAAUAUACAAAAUUAUAAAAGAUUUGUUGCAUUCCAGCUCAUUAUAACCCAUAUUUCAAGAUGUACUUCAGGAUAAUCUAACA